AUGUUUUAUUAUUUCAUUAUUUUAUUUCUAUUUAAAUCUUGCUUAACAAUUAAUAAUACUAAUGAACAAUGUUCAAUUCGAAAUACAUGUACAAAUUCAUCUAUUGAAUCUCCAUCAGUUUAUGAUAAUGAAGAUUUAAUACAAUCACGAAAUUGUUUUUGUGAUUCAGUUUGUGAACAAUAUGGUGAUUGUUGUUAUAAAACAAAAGUAUUAAAAAAUAAUUAUGAAUGUGUUGAUUUUUUAUUACCUACAAUAACAAAUAAAAUAGUUCCAUUUAAUCGAUUAUUUAUUUGGAUGCGUACUGAAUGUUUAUCAAUCUAUAUUGGAUCACAAGUUGAUGUUCAAUGUCGAAAUUUAAAUAAUCAAUUAUUUAAUGAUAAUCCAAUAUUAUUUAUUCCAGUAACAAGUUUACAAACAAAUAUAACAUAUAGAAAUUAUUAUUGUGCAUAUUGUAAUAAUGAUAUAAAUAAAAAUAUACAAUCUUGGGAAUAUAAACCAUUUUGUUAUGGUGAUGGAAGUGAAAAUGAUUAUAAAACUUUAAAAAAUGAUUUAGAAGUACAAUAUUUUGAUCAUAUGUUAAAAAAUUGUACAAAAACAAUUGUUUAUCCACAUGAACGAGGUAAUUCUCGACCAUCAGUUUUUAUACGACCAUGUAAAAAACCAUUACCAACAACUUGUCCAAUUGGAACAUCAAUUGAUUUAGCACGAAAUUGUUCAACAUCAAUUACAAAUUAUCGUUAUAUUAAAAAUUCAACUAUUAUUUAUCAUAACCCAUAUUGUGCGGAAUGUAAUCAUCCAAAUAAUAGUGAUGAUAUAACAUGUUUUGAUCCAAAUUUACGUUCAGCAUUACCAGCAAUGAAUCAUUUACGUACUCGACCUCUUUCGAUAUUAUUUGAUCCAAAUCUUCUUAAACGUUAUUUAAAUAAUGAUACAAUACCACGAUUUAUUUAUUCAAUUAAUUAUAAUUGUACGAAAUCAAAUGAACUUUAUGAUUUAGUUGAACAAGAAUGUAGAAAAAUUACAAAUUCAAGUGAAGAAUUUAUUAUAUCAAUGAAAUGUUCAUAUCUAAUACAAACAUCGAUUCAAUUAGAUGAUAAAAUUUUUCAUAAUAAUGGAAGUAUAUAUCUUACGAAUUACUCAGCUUUAUUAAAAAAUGAUGAAUAUGUUUUUAUUAGUGAGAAUCGAAUUGUUUUUUGUUCUGAUCAUUGGAGAAAUAUGAAACCUUCAUGGGAUUAUUCAACUUUAUUUCCAUUUUAUCGUAAUAUAUUAUCCGUAAUAUGUACUUCAAUAUCUCUUGUAUGUUUAUUUAUAUUUGUUGUUAUUUUCUGGUUAGUCCCUUCAUUACAUAAUUUACCAGGCAAAUGUUUAUUAUGUCUCUCUAUCUCAUUAUUCCUUGGUCAAUUAAUAUUUUUAUUAACUGCAAGUUUAACUGAUUCUUAUUCAAUUUGUUUUACAUCAGCUAUAUUAAUUCAUUAUUUCUAUUUGUCUUCUUUUUUUUGGUUAUUAAUUAUAUCAAUACAUAUUCAUUCAACAUUUAAUCAUCAAAUAAUUCGAGAUAAUACAUCCAAUAAAACUUAUCAACGUUUAAUUGCAUAUAAUAUACUUGUUUGGUGUUUAACUGGAAUAAUAAUCUUAAUAGCAUGUUUAAUACAAUUUACUAUUCCACAAUCAAAUUUUUCACCAGCAUAUGCAACAAUUUUUUGUACAAUUUCGAAACCAUAUGCAAUGAUUAUUUUCUUUCUUCUACCUAUUGGUUGUACACUUUUAAUCGUUGGAAUUUUAUUUAUAAAAACACUUUUAGCUAUUUAUCAUUCACAUAAUAUUGCUAAAUUAGCUAAUACAACAUCAUCAUCGAAUAUAAAUGAUAAAAAUUUAGUAUUUAUUUAUGCUCGUUUAGCAUCAUUAAUGGGUAUUCAAUGGAUUUUAUUGAUUAUUGCUCUUGCAAUAGGACAAACAUGGUCAUGGAUUAUAUUUGAAAUAAUAAAUUCAUUACCAGGAUUAUUUAUUUGUUUUGGAUUUUUAUGUUCAAAACGUGUUUUUACUAUUUUAAAAGAAAAAUUUUCAAUAAAAUUAAUACCACGACGACAAUCAUCAACUAAUACAACGUCAUCAACAAUGAUAAUAUCACCAUCUUCAAUAACGAAAAAAUUUCUUUUUUAA